AUGUUUCAAUUGUCAAACACCGUAAACCUUCCGAGCAUCAGCAGCAACAGCACCACACCGAGCCGCAGCAGCAUCGGCAGUGGCCGUCGACCUGGUGACGGCACCGAGGACAACUCCGCCGAUGAUGAGGACAGCAGUUGUGGAAGUGGUAACGGUGAUGGCGGCAACAGUACUCGAGCGACCACCACCACCGACUCAGCCAAGAAAGCUCAGGCGCUGCUCGAGGAGCAGCUCAAUCAGCUGAUCUGUCGCCUGGCCGAGCAGAAGUACACCACCGUGACGGCGAACAUGUUCGACGAGGAGUUCCUCCGCCUGGUGCCUAAUCUGCGCAUUCUUCCGCCCAACGCCAACACCGUCGCCCUGCAGACGAUCAUCCGAAACCGCAACUCGCCGCGCGAGGAUUUUGUCUUCCAGGCGGACCGCCUGAUUCGUCUGGUCAUCGAGGAGGGCCUCAAUCAGCUGCCCUCAAAGCUGCGCACCGUGACGACGCCCACCGGGGGCACCUACCAGGGCGUGGAGUUUCUCAAGUCCAACUGCGGCAUCUCCAUCGUCCGCUCGGGCGAGGCGAUGGAGAAGGCGCUGCGCGACUGCUGUCGCUCCAUUCGCAUCGGCAAGAUACUGAUCCAGUCGGACGAGGAGACGCACCAGGCGCGCGUCCUCUACGCCAAACUGCCCGCCGACAUUUCCCUGCGCAAGGUCCUCCUUCUCUAUCCGAUCAUGAGCACGGGCAACACCGUGGUGAAGGCGAUGAAGGAGCUGAAGAAAAAUGGCGUCAAAGAGGCGAACAUCAUUCUCAUCAAUCUCUUCAGUACGCCCAGUGCCAUUCGCGCUCUGGCCAGUCGAUUUAAGGAGCUGACCAUUCAAACGACAGAAGUGCAUCCGGUGGCACCGCUGCAUUUUGGCCAAAAGUAUUUUGGCACUGAUUAA